GAAAUAUAUAUACAGUCGAUGAUUGUCAACUCAGAUUUGGCCGAGGCAGUCCGUAUCGAGAAUGCUGGUGGAGAGAUACGGGAGAUCUCAGGCGGAGACAAAAGAGUGUUCGUCAAAGGCACCAACUUGCCUGGCCUGGCUGUCACUAGGGCGAUUGGCGAUGUAUCGGUCGCUUGUUAUGGAGUCAUCGCGGAACCACAGUAUGAGCGUUGGGAAUUUCCAGCAAGUGAUAGCGUGUUCAUCGUCGUAGCCUCUGAUGGUGUCUGGGAGUUCAUGAAGGCUGAGGAAGCGCAUAAAAUACUCAACAAGAAACUGAGACUGUUACUGCGAUGA